AUGAACGACUACGUAUACGUGCCCCUUUCCUCCGGUGGAGCGCAAUCUGACAAGUCGUGCACUGUCCAGUUCUCACUGGACAGAACAUUAUAUGGCGCAGAAGGCAUAGUAAUACUAACAUGCUCUGUGUUAGGUGCGCAUUGGGUUUGCGAGGCCAUUGCGGCCAGAUCGGCAGUCACAACGCUCAAUCUGCCCCAUCAUAAACUGGGCGACGAAGGGGCUAUGGAGCUCUUUCGAUGGCUAUGCUCUGGGCUCGGCAAGAAGUAUCGUAAGCAGAUAAACAACAUUGACGUCAGUGACAAUCGCAUUGGGGACCGAGGACUAGCAGUCAUCAGCGAGUACUUGCUGGGAAAUCGUAGCCUGAGAGCCCUCACACUGUCAAAGUGGGAUGAUGGUGCCCUCUUAGUUUUCGCCGACGCGGUUAACGGCUCACGAGUGCAAGAUCUCGCCCUCAACAACGUACCUAGUGGGGAUGUAUUUGUCCCACAUCUACUCUCGCAUCUCACCACUCCGUACCUUAAAUCUCUUCGCAUAUCCAUGACUGGUCUCACGGAACGGUCUGCUUCGGCGAUAGCUACCUUCAUUGUCUCGCCUCGCUGCCGCCUCUACAAGCUCAGUCUAAGUGGUAACUCCCUCGGACAAUACGGUGUCAGCGAUUUCCUCAAAGCAAUGCAACAUAGUUACUCGCUUCGAAUAGUGGACCUGUUUGCCAAUGCGGAUAACAUCGAUUAUACCCCAAAGCAAACUGUAGAGAAACGCAACAGCGUUUUAAGCACCACUAUCGCAAAAGAAGCGCGAACCCUCCUCCGGGCUUCCCGGAUCGUCCUACUACCGGGGGACGGGUGUAGAGCUCAGGCUGACGCUGAUUUACAAUCUCCCACUACAGAAACCGUCGAGCUUCCUCUUGAGCUGAGGCAGCAUAUCCUAACCUUCCUCGCCCCACACCUUUCCAUCGGACAAUGCCUCCACAUCUUCGACUAUGCCUCCUCACAUGCCACCCUUCCUAUGCUAGCCAUGCAUUCUUCACAUAGCUGCCUUCCCGACCCAUCCGCUGGGCCUUGUGGUCGCUCGGCUACGCUAAGAAGUCCCUGUGAAGAAGGCAUGUGCAUGGGCGCCAGUAACAGUCUGUCCUGCAGGCGUGAGAUAUUGAGGGCGGACUGGCUGCUGAAGGUUGAAUGCGACGUCCCCGACCCAGUGGUCGCGUCAGCUCUCUUCAACGACUGA